AUGUUCCCUCAGGAAUUCUGCACUGCGCUCCCGACAGCAUACUUGUUAGUGCCCAGCCCAGUUGUUGGAAACGCAGGCAACGGUGACAGGCUGCGCAGUGAACACGCCGAUACCUAUGCUGGCGAACAGGCAUCCGAACAUGGCAAAAGCCCAGCGAUAGCGGACUCAAUCGCUGAGAUAGCCUACAAGAAUCGUGACCCCCGGCUGUCGCGGCCCAAAUUGGGAUACUUUGAAUCUGAGACUGGGAUACUGUAUAUUCAAACUGAUGGAGAAUGGUGA